AUGUCUAUCAAGGCUAUUGCUACUAUUGUGCUUGCGGCCGGCCUCGCUGCUGCAAAGCCUAUCAACACUCCUCGAUCUCUUCCUGGUUCUUCCAAGCGCCAGAUCGGCUUUAACUCUGUUAUCAACGGCUUCAACGGCAACGAUGGCGACUUCAACUUUAUUGACGGAUUCAACAACUUCAACCAGCAACAGCAGGUCAUCCAAAUCCAACAGCAGAACCUCCAGAUUGUCGACAACGGCCGCCAACAAGCAGUCGUUCAGCAAGUGCAGGAGGUCCUCAUCGUCGACCAAGUCAACAACGGUUUCAACAACGACUUGAACAACCUCUUUCGCAAGAGUAACUUUCAGAACCAGUUCCGCGACGUCUCCACCGUCACGCUCGUCGUACAGGAGAUUCAAGUUGCUAUCGACGAUGGCAGGGGCAACCAAGUCCAGCAGAACAUCUUCGCGCAAUCUGCCGUCGUCGCCAACCGUGGGGCUCGCCAAACCCAGACCGUCAUGGUCUUCGACAGCCGCACCCUCGUCGCCCAGGAUAUCCUCGGCAACAACGCCUUUGCCAACCUCGGUGGCUUUGGCGGCAUCGCUGGUGCCACUGCUGCCUUGGACAACAAGAUGCCCACAAAGACCGCUGGUAUCCAGCUCUUUGGUGCUAAGCCUACAUGGUCAGCCGUUGCCGAGGAUCCUGCUGCGACCCUUGGUGCUAUCUGGCAGGGCGCUCUUCAGGAUCUUCAGAACGCAGAUAACGAUGAGCAAGACAACAAGCUCAACGAACAGAUUGCUGCCGAGGAGUUGAAAGCUCUCCAAGAAGCACUUGGACAACAGGACAGUGCUGAUAAGCAGGCCGACGAGGAGCAGAAGAAGGCCGACGAGGAGCAGAAGAAGGCCGAUGAGGAGGCAGCUAAGCAGGAAGAGGAGCAGCAGAAGGCUGAAGAGGAGGCCGCAAAGAAGGACGCCGAGGAACAGAAGAAGGCUGAAGAAGCUGCUGCUAAGCAAGAUGCCGAGGACCAGAAGAAGGCUGAUGAGGAGGCUAAGAAGGCUGCAGAGGAAGAGCAGAAGAAAGCCGAUGAAGAGGUAAAGGCGCAAGCUGAGCAGGACAAGAAGGCAGCUGAGGAGCAGAAGAAGGCUGAGGAGCAGAAAAAGGCUGAAGCUUGA